CAGCCUCUCUCCCACCCCACCCCAGUCCCACUCCUCCCUAAGUCAGCUACUCUACAAACACCCAUCAAUCUGGAUCCCAAAGGCCUGAGAUCGUUUCUUCUCCAGAACCUGCUGGUGAUCUGUCUCGGCCAGCAAGAAGCACCAUGAAAUUAGAAUUCACCGAGAAAAACUACAACAGCUUCGUGCUGCAGAAUCUGAACAAACAGAGGAAACGCAAAGAGUAUUGGGACAUGGCCCUGACCGUGGACCACCAUGUCUUCUUUGCGCAUCGCAAUGUGCUGGCUGCUGUCUCCCCGCUGGUGAAGAACCUUAUCUCCAGCAACGACAUGAAGACCACCGAUGAGCUCUUCAUCACUAUCGACCCCAACUACCUGAGCCCAUCCACAGUGGACCAGCUCCUGGACUACUUCUACAGCGGCAAGGUGAUCAUCUCAGAGCAGAACGUGGAGGAGCUGCUGCGGGGGGCCCAGUAUUUCAACACCCCACGCCUCCGGAUCCACUGCAAUGACUUCCUGAUUAAGUCCAUCUCCCGGGCCAACUGCUUGCGCUACCUCUUCUUGGCUGAGUUGUUUGAGCUCAAGGAGGUGUCGGACUUGGCCUACUCGGGCAUUCGUGACAACUUCCACUACUGGGCCAGCCCCGAGGGCUCCAUGCAAUUCAUGCGCUGCCCACCUGUCAUCUUCGGCCGGCUGCUGCGGGAUGAGAAUCUGCACGUACUCAACGAAGACCAGGCCCUCAGUGCGCUCAUCAACUGGGUGCACUUCCGGAAGGACAAACGCGAGAAGUAUUUCAAGAAGUUCUUCAACUACAUCAACCUCAAUGCUGUCUCCAAUAAAACACUGAUGUUCGCCAGUAACAAGCUGACGUGCAUGGAAAACAGCUCAGCCCACACCACGCUGAUUGAGAGUGUCCUGAUUGACCGCAAGCAGGAGCGGCCGUGCAGCCUGCUGAGCUACCAGCGGAAGGGGGCCCUGCUGGAUUCGGUGGUCAUCCUCGGGGGUCAGAAGGCCCAUGGCAAGUUCAACGAUGGAGUGUUUGCCUACAUCAUCCAAGAGAACCUGUGGCUGAAGCUCUCAGAGAUGCCGUAUCGGGCGGCGGCCCUGAGUGCCACAGCAGCCGGACGCUACAUCUACAUCUCUGGUGGCACCACAGAGCAGAUUUCGGGGCUGAAAACAGCCUGGCGAUACGACAUGGAUGACAAUUCCUGGACCAAGCUGCCUGAUCUGCCUAUAGGGCUUGUCUUCCACACCAUGGUGACCUGUGGGGGCACAGUGUACUCUGUCGGUGGAAGCAUCGCCCCAAGGCGGUAUGUCUCCAACAUCUAUCGCUAUGAUGAGCGCAAAGAGGCAUGGUGCCUGGCAGGGAAGAUGAGCAUCCCUAUGGACGGCACCGCCGUGAUCGCCAGGGGUGAUCGGCACCUGUACAUCGUCACCGGACGGUGCUUGGUGAAGGGCUACAUCUCCCGGGUUGGCGUGGUGGAUUGCUUUGACACCAACACUGGGGACGUAGUCCAGUGUAUCACCUUUCCCAUUGAGUUCAACCACCGGCCCCUGCUCUCUUUCCAGCAGGACAACAUCCUCUGUGUGCACAGCCACCGGCAGAGUGUGGAAAUCAACCUGCAGAAGAUCAAGGCCAACAAGACCACCACCUCAGUGCCUCUCUUGCCCAACAACUGCCCCUUGGAUGUAUCCCAUGCUAUCUGCUCUAUUGGAGACAACAAGGUGUUUGUGUGCGGGGGUGUCACCACGGCCAAUGAUGUCCAGACGAAGGACUACACCAUCAAUCCCAAUGCCUACUUGCUGGACCAAAAGAUAGGCGAGUGGAAGACCCUGGCCCCCCCACCAGAGGCACUGGACUGUCCUGCCUGUUGUCUAGCCAAGCUUCCUUGCAAGAUUCUUCAAAGGAUUUAAACAACUUUUUAAGUGGGAGAAUAAGUAAAUGCAUUAUUAUUCACAAUUUAAUAAGAGAGAGAAAGAAAGGAA